AUGGAUGACAAAAUUUACGCGGAGAGCCAGUUUAGUGAAACCAUCUGCUACUCGCCCGGUAAUGAUAAGUGGGAACAAGGGAGCCGGGAUCUAGCUGGAGGAGUAAAACGGGGUUGGUGUGUGGUAGGUAAACUGUUAUACUCUUGUCAAGUCAGCGGGACAGUAUUGUGGUGUGAGCCAAAGGAUUUGGAAAAGAGCAAUCCAUUCACGUGGAAGGAGGUGAAAGGUUUGGAGUCUCUGCAAAACCAACUGUCUUCUUCCAGGAUGGUCCACCAUGUGUGGGGAUACAAUUCGCCCACCCUUGGUUUCAGCAAUGAGUUUGAAGACCAAGUCCCCGGGUUCAAACUGUGCAACUCUGGCCGCAACAUUGUGCUCUACUGGGACGUGCUUGUUGGGGGUUUUGAGACUUUGGAGAUUUGGUGUGCUGAGAUUUCCUUGGAGAGGCGCACCACCGGAGGCGGAGGCGGAGGAGACGAUGACAUAUGGGGUACCGUUCUUUCGUCCAAUGUUGUUAUGACUCUUGAUCCUCUUCUAUAUCGUUUUAAGGCAUUAUAUUCUCUAUCUGUCAAGGUUUGA